CCACUUGUUUGACUUAAUUUCGUUCGAAGGCUCAUAUUUGUAAAAGAUGAACGUCGACGGUUAAGGUUUAAGUGGUGUAUUUGAAUCAUGAAUAAAGUACAUAGUGGUUGGUGUUCAAACUUGAUUCCUCAUUGAACUGGAUGCUUAUUGCGUACAGCAUUGCACACAAUGUUACUUUCCGUGUUUACUGAGUGUCACCCCUCUUAGUUAAGGGCCAGCCCGUUGGGCUUAUGAGACACCUACAUUCGUGAACAUCUUUACCCCGAUUCCUAUCCCAAAUACCAGGCGCCUGGCAGGAAGGCAAUCGGUACCCCUCGAUUUAACUAGCUGCUGGGUCGGCAACCGGCCAUGUCAGAACAAGCCCCGUGUGAGACUCGAACCUUCGACCUCCCGCUCCGUAGGCGGACGCCUUAACCACUAAGCCACGGAGACGAAGAUGACAAUGAUGAUAAGACCGCUUUUGCUUCUAUCAUGUAUGAUGCAACUGCAAGAAGUUGCUGGGACUAUCACAUUAACACCUGCUAAUUAUUUGGAGGAAAUUGACGAUGAGGUAUCAUUGACCUGCAAGGACACAGAGAAAACGGAUAUAGAAAUAUACUUUGGUGGAAAGCUUAUUGGAUACUGUGAUCAGUUUGCAGGCCUUUGUCCUAUUUCGGAACAAUACAAAGCAUUAUAUAAAGCGUCAAUUGAUAAAUCUUCAACAGAAUAUAACACUAUGACAUUUACAAUAAAGAGUUUUGCUGUUAGCAAUUGUGGAGAAUACACUUGCCAGGAUAAAUUCAACACCAGUGUUAAGGAUACAAAAAAAGUGGAGCAUAAAUUGUCCUAUGGAGAUAGCUGUGGAACAUGUGGAAUAUGUUCUCCCUCAAACCUUAUUAGCUGCGCUGACUCUAAAAAAUGCGAGUGCCACACAGGUUACCAUUACGAGGACAAUGCUUGUGUGUCCAAUGAGAGGAAUCCAGUUUUAGCAGGAGCAUUUCUACUUUUAACAACAGCAGCUAUACUAUUGAUCAUAUCUUUUUGCAUAAUAAGAUAUUUUCGCACACUUCCUCCUAUCAUAGGUCUGCGUAAACGUUCAGAACUGAACAUAUCUACAGCGUUACUUGAACAAGGCAGCAAAAACACCGAAAGAAGCAGAAAAGUGAGAAACAUUUGUAUGGAACAUUUGGUAUGGAUAAUCUUUCUUGGUUUUGGAGCUCUUGUUCUAUUGAUGGAUUGUGCAUCUGGUGGAAUCAAUUGGUAUAUAAACACUGGUAAUCGUGAUGGGGCUCGCUGGACUUGGUAUGUCAUUGUCACGAUUGUCCUGUUCUGCUUACUAAUUGUCGUAUUCAUAGUUUUCCAAAUAGUGGACAAAAUAUGUAGGGAUGGAUUUUGCAAAACUGAAAAGGGCACAUCGAACAGAAUCACGGAUGAUGCGGCACAUGGAAAACCAGUAGAGAAGACAGUAGAACCUUCUACUGGAAAUAGAAAUCAGCCUCCCCUACCCAAUAUUGUAGUGCAACAAGGACCAAGGAAAGAUGACACACCUCUGGAAAGAAAAGAUGCACUCCCACCUCUGGACUCUACAGUAGCUGUUGGUGAAGAUGGAGUGGUGCAGAAAAGUAAGAAGAAUAAAAAGAAAAAGGAUAAGACUAUUUAAGAUUAGAAUAGGUGUUAGUUUACAAAAAAUGGACACAAUUCUGCAUUCUGUGAUAUUCUGUCAUAUAAAUCGAAAAAAAAAUUACUAAGAAAAAUAUGUCUUAUAAGGAAUGGAUCAAAAUGCCUUAUCAUGUCUUAUCAAAAUGUUAAAUUUAACUGUUUUAUGCCAUUUUACAAUUGACAAAAUAGUACAGUUGAAAUAUUCUGAUAUGAGGUCUGAAAUGAACGCAAACCUUUUACUCUUAAGUUGUUUGUUUACAUGAUUCAUGGUUCAAUUAAAGAACGAUAUUUUUUUUAUAUCUCCAAUAUUGAAUAUGCACAUACUUGAAGUAAUUCAAGUCUUUUCAAAGUAAGUAAAUUAUUUGCCAUUUGCAAAUAUGAAAAACAGUCAUUGACAUUAUAAUGGGUUAUUAAAUGCAUAUUUGUUGUAUUCAGAGAUAUGCAUAAGCAUAAUAGGAUUGGUAAUUGAUAUAUCUCUCUUGCACUGCAAUGACUGCAAUUUGAAUUAUGUUUAGAUGUAUACUAAAGGUAAAAUAAUUCAAAAAAAGAGAAGAUAUUUUGUGAGGGAGCAUUUUAUGAAUAGAACAAUAAUCCAAAUAUAUAUUAUUAUGUAACUUUAAUACAGGCAAUUGUAAAAAUAGAAGAUCAAGUAAAGGACAGUUAUGUGUUUAAAACUUGACAAUUUAAGUGCCAUAGAGAGAAAGUGAUUAUGUUGAUUUUUAUGACAAUCAAAAAUUGGACAAAAGCUUAAUUAAUGAACUUCUUCAUUUAUCAUAUAACACUGGCAGUUUAUUCAGUUAUAAAAACAAAAUUACACCCACUGAACAUUUUAAGUACAAACAAAUGUUCAGUCAUUCUGUAGAAUGUUUAUGUUUGGUAGCGUUUAUUUUGGUGGCGUGACUGGGGGGUAUUACCCAAUUUGUUCCAUUAGAGGGAGUUAUUGAUUGUAAGAUACUAAUGUAAUACAUGCAAUAUUCCCCUACAGAAUGUCUGAUAAGGUUGCUAUUGAAUGAAAGAAGAGAUUAUUGAAAAAGCAUUGUAAAUAUUAGUUUCGUGCCAUCUGGUUGUCACGUUGGUAUCCAAGUGUAUAACAUAUCAUAAAGUAUUUAUUUCCUAUACAGACAUUUAUUCUGUGUAUUUUAUAUCAUGUUGAUGUAUAGCAAAAGCAUUAAACAUGAAGUUCAUAAUACUCAUUUUCAUCGUUUUGUUGUAUGGUUAUACAAGUGCCUCAUUUUGAUACUUUUGUUUGUACAGUAGUCUUAUUUGUCACAUUAUCUAGCUGUAGUUUAAGCUAGUUCUUACGCCUUUAUGUUAUUGUUGGCGGUAACAACAGUAUGAUGGAUUGUAAAACAUUCAAGAUACUCAAAUUUAACUUGGUACACAUGUUGCCUGAGACAGUGUACUUCCAGACCCAUAUAUUUUGAUUUAAUAAUUGUUGAGUUAUGCCCCUUUUUAAAAAAAGCAAAACUAGACGAACGUUGGCGUUGGCUUUGUAUUGCAGCACUUUUUUGAACACGUUGAUCUGUCAGAAAUCUUUCUGUAUCCAUCCACGUAAUCUUUGUACUGUUUUUCUCGAUGUAAUUGAAGGUGUUUCUUAGUUUUAGUUUUAAAUUUUAAAUACUAAUAAGUUAUUAAUAAAUCAUUCCGCCAUGUACAGAUUGUGUUGCAUUGUUUUUUACCAUACUACAUACAUUUAGUCAUCAAGUUAUGUAUCAAGUCUUGGUUUCAUAAUUCAAAUUCUCUUGCAUUCUCCUCAAGUGUGCUUUACAUAAGUCUACUAUUUAAUAUAAUGCCUUUUCCUUUGUACGAUGAUGAUCUAUACAAUAAUCGUUGCUUUACUUGCAUAAACCGAGAGUUUCACCAUAUGCCUAAAUGUUAUGUCGAUGAACUUGAUGUAUCUUCAUACAUUACUAUGAUUGCUUUGCAAAAUGUUUCUGUAUAGUUUAGAAUGUUUAAAUUGUUUACAAAUUUAUAAGAAUAUACAGAUUUCAUAUAACCAAGAAUUUUUAGGGGAAAAAGAAAUUGCUUCAUAAAGUAUAUUUCAUCAUGUUACAUUGUACAACAAUGGCUAGAUUUUUCGUCUAUUUAUUUGUGUACAUGCUGCUUAUGUCGAGAGGACAUAAUUUUUUAUGAUUAUUGAGUGCCAUAUGUUUGUAAAUCAAAUUAUGUAACAUAUAACUUUUAUGUAUAUAAUUAUACCCUCACCAACGAAGUUUGAGGGGGUAUAUAGGAGUGAGCUUGUCGGUCGAUCGGUCUGUCGGUCGGUCGGUCUGUCUGUCGGUCGGUUUGUCGGUUUUCAUUGUUUCCGGACGAUAACUCAUGAAAGGCUAGACAGAUUUGAAUUUUUUUUGGUACACAGGUGUAACAUCAGAAGAUACAGGUCAAGUUCGAUAUUGGGGCUGGUGGGGCCAAGGUCAAGGUCACUGUUACUAAAAAAAGAAAAACGGUUUCCGGACGAUAACUCAUAAAAGGCUAGACGGAUUUGAACAAUUUUUGGUACACAGGUGUAACAUCAGAAGAUACAGAUCAAGUUAGUGAGCGUGUCGCUCGGUCAGUCGGUUUUAAUGGUUUCCGGACGAUAACUCAUGAAAGGCUAGACAGAUUUAAAAAAAAUGGUACACAGGUGUAACAUCAGGAGAUACAGAUCAAGUUCGAUAUUGGGGCUGGUGGGGUCAAGGUCACUGUUACUAAAUAUAGAAAAAUGGUUUCUGGACGAUAACUCAUGAAAGGCUUGACAGAUUUGAACAUUUUUUGGUACACAGGUGUAACAUCAGAAGGUACGGGUCAAGUUCGAUAUUGGGGCUGGUGGGGCCAAGGUCAAGGUCACUGUUACUAAAAAUAGAAAAAUGGUUUCUGCUUCAUAACUUUAAUUGGGCAUGAGAUAUUGUGAUGAAACUUGCUGUAUAGGCAGCCUCUGUGAAGACAAUGCUUGUGAUUGAAAAUGGGGCCAGUGGAGUAAAGGUUUUUGUGCACUGUUACGAAAAUAGAAAAACGGUUUCCGGACAAACAAUACAUGCAUGAUAAAAGAAAAUGCAGUGUGCAGUAACCUUGGAGUUAUGGCCUCUUUUCAAAGGAAUGGUUUGCCAUUCCUGUGUCCAGGCGGCAUUUGGGGGUAUUCGUCACUCCUGUGACAGCUCUAGUUUUAAAUAGUUUAAGUGUGUUAUUUGAGUAAAAAUUUAUUAUUUUCCAUACCUGUUUUGAAUGUUUUAUUGGCCUUACAUUUUGUUGUAUAUAUCUUUAAACGCAAACCAAACACAAUUGAUUAAAGCCAUAACCAUAAUGUGCUUCACCUAAAAAGGUUUUUAUGCUCCCACAAAACUUGGGGGGAAGGGAGGCAUACAGAUUUGCCCUUGUGCGCCCGUGAUUCCGUUUGUAAGUAUCAUGCAAAAUAGUGUCGCUCAAAACUCCAAAACAAUUUUGCCUAGAAUCAAGAAACCUCUGUGGAAUGUUAUUUAUGUAAUGAAGUUUUGCACCUGGGGUUUCGCUUCCUACUACACUGUAAAACCAGAGUAAUAUCCCUUGAAUUAGCCAAAAAUGGCAUUUCUAGACUUGUGUUCUUCAAAACUUCAAAACUAUUUCACCAAGAGUCAAAAAACUUUUACGGAAUGUUAUUUAGGUGAUGAAGUUGUGCACCUGGGAUUUUGUUUCACGCUGCACAUAGUAAAAUCAUGGUAUGACCCUUUUAUUAGCAAAAAUUGAAAUGUCUGAACUUUGGUCGCACGAAACACCAAAUCUUUUUGAAACCAUUAAAGUUGUGCACCUGUGAUUUCGUUUCUCACUGCACCGAGUAAAACCAGAGUAAUGGCCCUUGAUAUAGCAAAAAAUCUAGACUAAGGUAAAUGAGCGUCUAGAGGACUGUUGUUUGGGUGAGGAAGUUGUACACCUGGGAUUUUGUUUCCCCUUGCACUUAGUAAACCCAGAGUUAUGGCCCUUGAAAUAGCAAAAAAUCGCACUUCGGGGCUUGUGUCUAUCAAAACGCCAAAACUAGUUCAUUUUGAGUCCUGAAACUUGUGAAAAUGUUGUUCAUGUGGUGAAGCUGAGCACCUGGGGUUUUGUUCCCCGCUGCACAUAUAAUAUCCAGAGCUUUGAAUUAGGAAAAAUGGUAUUUUUGGAAUUAGGUCGCUUAAAACUACAACUAUUUCACAUAGAGUCAUAUAAUCUUGGGGGAAUGUUGUACUAGCAAUGAAGUUGCGUAUCUGGGAUUUUGUUUUCCGCUACACAUAGUACAACUAGAGAUUUUGAAUUAGCAGAUUGGCAAUGGUUACAACUGUAAAUAGAAAAUGGUUUUCAAGCGUGGCCAUGACAUGUUAUUUUAAAUAGUUUGCAUAAAAUCAGUUGCAUUGUAAUAAACAUUGAUCAUAAUGAUUGUAGGACAUUUAUCAAGAUCAUUUUUGGACAUUUCAAAUACUGUGUAAAUCGGUGAUAGUCAUCAUAAUAAUUAUAAGUCCGAAGUUUCAAACCAACAAUUAAUCACAAUUGAAGUGUAUAACUUAUUAUUAAAGAGUCUAGCAUAAUAACAAGUGCUUUGGGCAAAACUGUAUCUCCUACACAAAUUAAUUGAGUAACGUCAGUCUUGCAGUUAGCCCUCUUCGGGUACUUGACAUCUUUAAAGUGCAGUCAUACCUGCUAUAAACAUGCAUGUUUUAUAAGUAACGAAAUAUAUUCAUGCUAUUUUGCAUGGGUUUAAAAAGAAUGCACUUUUGUUUUGUGAGUUAUAAAGUUACAUUUAUAAAUGCACUGUUUGCAUUGAUAGAGAAAGAACGAGAUAUUGUAUACUUUGUUAAAUUGCCCCGUUUAUUUCAUUCAGAAAGUAAUUUGAUAUGCUUACCAUUUGUAGUAAAAACCGCAUUUAAUGUGUGAUUCAUUAUGCACAAUAUAAAGACAGUAGCUUGUAUAGGAAUGCGAGGGGAAUUUCCCUUCGAUAAAAAAUACCAUUCAAUCUGAAUUAUUCAUGUCUUUAUUCAAUUCCAGGUCUAACUGCAUAUUGAAAAUGUUAUAUUAAUAGUAAAUGUUUGAAUGCCUUAAAAUUGAUUAUUAGAGAUUAUCCUGUUGAUACUUGUUUGGCUUCAGUUCUUCAUCAAAAUACAUGAUAAAGUAUGUAUCUAUCCAACAAUUUCUUUUGCUGCUUUGUGCUGUAAUUUCAGCAUUUUACUUCUUUUAAGUGCGUAGUUCUGGUAUUUUUAAAAUCCAAGCCCGCUGUUCCUAUUAAUGUAGACGUAAGAUGAGUGCUAUCUGUUUGUUUUCUUUGUGCCAUAGAAACGCUGAUUUGUGACAUUGUGUUAUGUGUUUGUUAAUUGCCUUUUGAGAUUAUUUGCUCAGAGACAAAGAAAUCUGACGCCAUCUUUUAUGACUUAUAAAAAUUGAUAAAACUUAUCACAUGCACAUGUGGAUAUAUCUAGUUUAUUACCUACUUACUAAUAGUAUUAUUUAAUUGCCUUGCCAUGUUUUAAACCCUUUGUUAAUUCUUAAAUCAAAUGACACUUUUUGCAAUUUAAAGAAGUAUGAAUGUGUUGGUUAUUGUCGUCUGUUUAUAAGUUAUUUGUCUGAUAAUUUGCAGUGCAGUUUAUUAUAGUGUUUAAUCAAUAAUACUGUUAAUAUUUACAUUGAAUGCUUUUCGAUUCUUUUAUUGGUUGGAAUGUUUCUUGAAUAAAAAAAUUCUUUGCCUUG